CCGAGGUCACGUGGUUACUUCUUUCAUGACCAAUGGCGCGGAACAUGGUCAAUCUGGGUGCUCCGACGCAUCGUCCUCCCUCAACGACCCCGACUCCUAGCACACCACCUCCCCGACAUGUCCAGGCACACACUCGCCAAAAAGGGAAAGGCGCCUCUUUAAGAUGGCGAUGGCGGCCUUGGUGGGGUCUUCCCUCCCACUAAUAAGCUUCGCCUCGUCCUGACAUGCCAGAAACGGAAGUGAGAGGGGACCUCCCGAGUCCUUCGGGCCCAGUAUCGGCCGCGGGCUGCGCGACGCAAAAAACCGAUACAUAAUGCUACCCUCUCUUUGCUUCCAUCAGUGCCGCGCGGGCUGCGCGCCUGUUUCGUUUUUUCAGCUUUUUCUCGCGCAUCAUAUCUUCUAGGUGAAGGCUCUUGGCGGCGCUUGUCGUGGGUCAUAGCAAACGAGGGCACCCCCGGGAGGACUGCCGUCAAAGAGAAACUGGCCCAAUGGCGGACUAUCAUUAUGGCCAGCACGGGGUUGUGCCACAGCCGAGAAGCACGCCAGCCUCCUAUGAUGGUAUCCAAACGAUGCCUGAGAACGGCCUGCACCCCGUCGAACAGACAAUGGAAAGACUCCCCAGCGCCGUCGAGGCCAGCGCCUCGCCCUAUGUUCUCCCAGAAGCACAUGGCCAGGCCCAACUUGGGACACCGCCGGCUCACCCGCCACACCAGCAGCACCUUUCGACGACGGAAUUUCAGAAGCCAGAGCCCAACGAUACCUACAUGGCAUAUCAUUCGUCGUCACAGCUCCCGUCUGCGUCCUUCUCCCAGGCCUCGCCAGUUCCAGAGAAGACGAUACUGGGUCUGAGAAAACCGACCUUCUUUCUCACUCUCAGCAACAUUUUUCUCGUCAUCGUUGUCAUCCUCGUCGGCGUCCUCCCAAGUCAGCUGAACAAGAACCAAAAUACCGGCGGGGCCUGCGCCGGGGGCUCCGGCGCAUCCAACGGCGGCGGGCCGCCUACGUCACCCAACGGAACAGCGCCUACGUACCCGGCCACUGGCGGUAAUAGCCCGCGCAUUUGCUUCGACACCAACACGGCCCCGCGUGCCGAGUCGCAAUUCGGCGCGCCCGCGGUCGACUGCCCGCGGCGCGACAACGCGACGGCCCGGUACACGGUCCCGGGCACGAGCCUGACCUUUGAGCGCGUCUGCGGUGUCGACACGACGGCCGGCGACAUUGGCAGCUUCCCCACCACCUCGAUGCCCGACUGCCUCGCCCUUUGCGCCCAGCUUAACCUUUACCCUAGCAGCACGAUGGGCCGCUGCCUCGGCGUCAGCUGGGUUUUUGGGAGCGGUCUGCAGGGUCAGGGGUCGAGCUACUGCUAUCCCAAGUACAAUAUCAGCAUACCCAGGAGCCGGCGGCUUGAUACCGAGAGCGCGUACCUGGUCACCUGAUGCUUUGUCUUUUCCAAUGGCUGUUUUCUUGUGUGCCUUAUGUGCCACCUUUUUUCCAACUCUCCGCUCUAUUAAGGCUCUGCCAUAAGCCGGGCCACGCUGUUUGGCAGACUAGAUAGUUUUACUUCUUAAAGGCCGAUCACCUACCAUCAGCGGGGCCUUCUCCUGAAGUCCCUGCCAUUCCCG